UAUAAAUUCGGCCUCGUGUCGUUGACCUUCUUUACUCUCUUGCCGCCUAUGAUGCUCAGCCUCGCGCGCCACUUUCAUAAGCUGCUUCCUUCCCAAUAUCAUCCUUACAAAGCUUGGUCUUGGUAUGCUUAUCUCUUGAGCCUCGCUCUCUUUCUAGUCUUGGCCUCAGUCUAUUUCGACUCGUGCCCCUUUGCCCAUUCAAGUUUAGUCUCAGUCUAGCCAAACGAAGCCAAAUCCUUGCAGCGAAAGAGCCCUGGCAUCAAAACACGAAAUUCAGUUGCUUCACAGCCAUGUCGACUCCAGAGCCACUUCCCAACCCCCAGCGCGUCAUCACCGACACCGAUCUCGAGACCGGCAUCUCUCAUUUCAACACGACGCUGGACGAAAGCCUUGCCGUCAAACAGGAUCUCGGAGGCUCCUUGUUCCGUUUGGGAUACAUCACUGACAAGACCCCCAACACGCUCGAUGGCACCGAUCUCACCAACUACACGGAGUACCUGGAGACUGCCAGCGUGCCUCCAGUCACCCUCCCCGACGGCCGUGGUAUGAUCUGGUACAUCGACACCCCUCCCGGCAAAGGCAGUCCUUCCCACCGCACCCUCAGCUUCGACGUCGUCAUUCAGGUCGCAGGCGAGAUCGAAUUGACUCUCGAGUCAGGCGAGAAGCGCAUCCAGAAGCCUGGUGACAUGGUCAUCCAGCGCGCUACCACUCACAGUUGGAGAAACCCCAGCGAAGACAAGUGGGCCCGUAUGGUUGGUGUCAUGUACUCCAGCAACCCUGUGGUUCUCAAGAAUGGCACCGGACUGGGUCCCUCCGGGCUCUAAUCGCCUUAUCAGCAAUGGUAUAGACUAUUUGUGUCUACAUAGAACAGCUAAUUCAUAUCCGGCC